UUUCUCACCAACUUGGUCAAUUUUUUCCUCUCUUCUCUCAUUUCCCUUUCUCUCCUUUUCCUUUCUUUCCCCCCUCUUUUCCUUCCCCUUCAUAUAAAAUCCCCUCUCCCGACUCCUCCUUCCAUCUCUGCCAAACUCUCCCUCUCUCUCUCUCUCUCUCUCUGCAUUUUCCAAGGAACAUAAAGCUGUAAUCUUCCAGGCCUGGUGCUUUUUCUCCUGCCAUGGGACGCUCACCUUGCUGUGAGAAAGCUCACACCAAUAAAGGAGCCUGGACCAAGGAGGAAGAUCAGCGACUCAUCGACUACAUCCGCGUCCACGGCGAAGGUUGCUGGCGUUCCCUCCCUAAAGCUGCCGGAUUGCUUAGAUGUGGUAAAAGUUGCAGACUUAGAUGGAUUAAUUACCUUAGGCCUGAUCUUAAAAGAGGGAAUUUCACUGAUGAAGAAGAUGAGCUUAUUAUUAAGCUUCACAGCUUGCUAGGCAACAAAUGGUCUCUCAUAGCUGGCAGAUUACCAGGAAGAACAGAUAAUGAGAUCAAGAACUAUUGGAACACCCACAUCAAGCGUAAGCUAAUGAACCAAGGCAUUGACCCACAAACUCACCGCCCGCUCAACGAAAAAACCACCACCACCACCACAACAACAACCACCACCACAACAACAACCACCACCGGCGCCGUUAAGCCCUCCACCAAUCGAGUCACACAGUUAAACUUCGAAAACGCAUCUCCUCAAUCAAUAUCCGAAAUCAAUCUUUUGAAAAGCAAUAUCGAUUUCAACUACUCCAAUUUCAGCCCCAUAAAAACAGAGUCCGUAGAAGAAAAUAACUGUACCAGCAGCGGCAUGACCACCGACGAAGAACACCACCACCGCUACCACCAUCAUCAAGAAAGAGAAAGCAGCCAUGAAAAUGAAGAAGUUAAUUUGGAAUUAACAAUAGCGCUAGCUCCAACUCGGAAUGAGUUAACACCAAGAUAUUCUUCCAACACAGCCGACUCAAAAUUACAGCAGCAAGCUCCAUAUCAAUUGCUUGAGAAAAUUGUAACUGGGACAGUCUGCACAUGUUGCCAGUUGGGAUCACAAAGGAGUGAAAUGUGUAGAAAUUGCCAGAAUUCAAAUGGGUUCUAUAGAUAUUACUAUUACUGAAAGUGAAAGAUUCAAAGCUAUAAAUUUCAAUUUUUUUGGUUGA